AGCUCCCAACCCACUUCCACCUCACCGCCCUGCUCCCACACCACCAAAAAAACAAAAACAAAAUAAAAAAGGGGGAAAAAAAAAUACUCUCACGUCUCUUGGACUAUUUGAGAUUCCGACCCUCUUUAAUCUCUCGUCGCUGUUAAUUUCAGUCCCUCCUCCUCUUCAGGCCAUAUCCCUCCAAUUCUAGAUUUUGGGGCGAGAUCGAGGUCCUCUCCUUCGGUCGUACCGGCAAUGGAUUUCAUGAAGGUCUUGGAUCAAACUGUACGGGAGAUAAAGAGAGAGGUUAAUCUUAAAGUGCUGAAGGUGCCGGAGAUCGAACAAAAGGUUCUUGAUGCAACUAGCGAUGAACCUUGGGGUCCUCAUGGAUCUGCUCUAUUGGAGAUCGCUCAGGCGACGAAAAAAUUCACUGAGUGCCAGUUGAUCAUGAAUGCACUUUGGACAAGAUUGUCAGAUACUGGUUCCAAAUGGCGUCAUGUGUACAAGGCAUUAGCUGUUAUUGAGUACUUGAUCGCAAAUGGAUCAGAACGUGCAGUUGAUAACAUUAUCGAGCAUACUUUUCAAAUCUCAGCACUUUCAGGAUUUGAAUAUGUUGAACCUAAUGGAAAGGAUGUUGGGAUCAAUGUGAGAAAGAAGGCAGAAACCAUCUCAGCUCUUUUGAAUGAUAAACAAAAAAUACAAGCAGCCAGAGACAAAGCUGCUGCAACCCGUGAUAAGUAUUUUGGACUGUCCUCAACUGGAAUAACAUAUAAAUCAAGUCCAGCCUCAUAUGGCAGUGAUGGCUUUAGCGAUCAUUAUGGAAGCCUAAGUGGUUCAAGGGAAGGUGACACUUUUAGAGAUAAUUACCGAGACAGUGAAUCACAUGGAAGUGUUGCUAAUGAAAAUGAACGGAGCAAAUCAAAGAAGGCAGUAGCACAUCAAACCAGGGAUCAAGAUUCUUUAACAUCAAAAUCAAAGCCAUCAACUAAGCCAGGCCAUUCUCCACCUCCUAAAAGUCCAAUUGUUCAAGCAACUAGCAGCGAGGAUGAUUUUGAUGACUUCGACCCACGUGGAUCUUCAAAAACUGGAUCAGCUAAUACAAGCUCUAGCCAGGUUGAUCUAUUUGGACAAAGCUUAGUGGGCAACCUUAUGGAUGAACUAGUUUCUCUUCCAACAGAGACAACCAUGCAUAGCAAUCCUGCAACAACUGAAGUUGAUCUUUUUGCUGAUGCAACUUUUCAAUCGGCCUCACCUCAAGCCGAAGCAACAGCAACUUCUCAUACCCAGAGCAGCAUUGAUCUCUUUGCCAGUCAACCUGCAAUUCCUGCUGCAUUUCCUUCAACUAAUGUGGACUUUUUUUCCGCACCAGACCCAGGCUUGUCCUCUGAAACAAAGUCUCCCAUUUCUGAGCCUGCAAGCACCAAAGUCUUUGAUCCUUUUGCUGCAAUUCCAUUAGACAAUUUUGAGGGCUCUGACCCAUUUGGUGCCUUGACUUCUCAUUCUGAACCAGCAACUACAAAACCUUCACAACAUUCUACAACCAGCAGCCCAAACAAUCUGGAUGAGACUUUUGGUGAUUUCACCUCUCAUACUGAAGCAGCAACUACAGAACCUUUACAGCAUUCUACAAAUAACAGCCUCAACAACCUGGAGCAGACGUCUUUAAAAGCAUCCAAGCCUGCCCUCAAAGACACUUUUCAGGUUAAGUCUGGAAUAUGGGCUGAUUCCUUGAGCCGUGGACUAAUUGAUCUGAAUAUAACUGCACCCAAGAAGGUAAAUCUAGCAGAUAUUGGGAUUGUUGGGGGGCUUGGUGAUGGCCCUGAUGAGAAGGAAAAAGGACUUCCAAGUUCAGCAUACAUGGGGAGAGCCAUGGGCAUGGGCACUGGUCUUGGUAGGUCCGGGUUUCCAUCAACUACAAUGGGAACAAGUGGGAGCUUUUCAACAUUUGGCCAACAACAGUUUGGAAGCUUCAAGUGAUGUUGCAUCUAAAAUUUUUUGAUAUUCUUUUCUCCAGCCAUUGGUUAUUCCUGUAAGAAUUUGCAUAAUUUUAUUGGUUGCACAUUGCAUUUUAUUUGUUUCGCUCUACAUUGCAUUGUUGUUCUUGUUAUGCACUCGCACGAGUUUUACAAAUUAAGAAGACUUUCUGCCAAACCGUAUUGAUAGUG